UGUGUGUGUGCGUGUGCGUGUGCGUGCGUGCGUGCGCGUGUGUGUAUGGAGACGUGAACACUUUCUCUCAGAGCCCCCCUAUUCCCCUCCCUGCGACCCCCAGAAUCCGGAUUAAACCGAUUUAUUUUUUCACGUUAAACGUAACCGUUAUUCGGGGCUAAACCGAGCCGCGAUGUGGAUUCAGGUCCGCACUAUAGACGGGACGGAGACCCGCACGGUGGAGGAUCUGUCCCGGCUCACCAAGAUCGAGUCCCUGCGUCUCAAAAUACAGAAGAUCUUCAAUGUGGACCCUGAAAGACAGCGCUUAUUCUACAGGGGCAAACAGAUGGAGGAUGGACAGACACUAUUCGAUUAUAAUGUUGGCCUUAAUGACAUUGUUCAGCUUCUCAUUCGCUCUCACACUGAUCCAGCUGACAGUCCAAGCCCUACUCCCAACAAUGGAGAGGUCAUGACUGGUAACGCUACUCCUCCCAGCAGCAGCUCUACCACACCCACGGCAACCACAGUAACCACGGCAACCACGGCUUCCCCGGCAACGGUCAGCAGCAAUAGUGGGUCAGCAUUAGAAAGUCAGCCUUCGACAUCAUCAUCUACUGACCUCAUCGAUCCAGGGAUUGGAGUUUAUAAGAUUAACGAGCUGGUGGACUGCAGGGAUGUAAGCAUCGGCGCCUGGUUCGAGGCCACUAUCGAGAAAGUCACGCUGUCCAACAAAGGGAGCAAAAGCAAAGCUGAGACAGCAGCAUCAUCUACAGGCAGAGCAGGAAGAAAUGGCAAGCGCAUUAAUGGGAAGGUGGAGACGGAGUCAGAAACAAACGGCACUGUGCCGCCACACUCGAACAGUGAAGAGCCUUCAACAUCUCAGACUGAAGCAGAAGAUUCUGGCAGAGACGAUAUCAGCUACCAUAUUAAAUACGAGGAUUACCCAGAGAAUGGUGUGGUGGAAAUGAACGCAGAGGACGUGCGUCCUCGAGCUCGGACACUGCUACGGUUCGAACAGCUCGAGGUGGGACAGGUGGUAAUGGUGAACUACAAUUUGGAGCUUCCAGAAGAGAGGGGAUUCUGGUAUGAUGCUGAAAUCACCACGCUCAACCAUAUCUCCAGGACCAAAAAGGAGGUGCGAGUAAAAAUCCUGCUCGGAGGCCCAACUGAUGUGAUUAGUGAUUGUAAGCUGUUGUUUCUGGAAGAAAUCUACCAAAUUGAGAAACCUGGAGCUCCUCCUCUCUCCGUCACCAACGGCCAGUUUAAACGUAAGAGUGGGCCAGAGUGUAAACACUGUAAAGCUGACCCGGAUGCAGAGUGUCGGUUCUGUUCAUGCUGCGUGUGUGGGGGGAAGCAGGACGCACACAUGCAGCUGCUGUGUGAUGAGUGUAACAUGGCCUUCCAUCUGUACUGCCUCAACCCCCCACUGUCCACCAUUCCAGAGGAUGAGGACUGGUACUGCCCCACUUGUAAGAAUGACACAACAGAAGUGGUGAAAGCAGGCGAAAGGCUGAAAGAAAGUAAGAAGAGGGCAAAGAUGCCUUCAGCAACCAAUGGGAGCCAGCGGGACUGGGGAAAGGGAAUGGCGUGUGUGGGGCGUACGAAAGAAUGCACCAUUGUUCCAUCCAAUCACUAUGGUCCGGUUCCUGGGAUUCCUGUGGGAACCACCUGGAAGUUUCGUGUACAGGUGAGUGAGGCAGGAGUGCAUAGACCACAUGUGGGUGGGAUUCAUGGACGCAGUAAUGACGGCUCCUAUUCACUCGUGCUAGCCGGAGGAUUUGAAGACGAAGUGGAUCGGGGUGAUGAGUUCACCUACACAGGCAGUGGAGGUCGUGACCUUUCAGGAAACAAGCGAAUCGGAGAACACUCAUUUGAUCAGACUCUAACACACAUGAACAGGGCACUUGCUUUGAAUUGUGAUGCUCCUUUGAAUGAUAAAGAUGGGGCGGAGUCUCGUAACUGGAGGGCAGGGAAGCCAGUCAGAGUGAUCCGAAGCUCAAAAGGCAGGCGAAUCAGCAAGUAUGCACCGGAGGAAGGAAACCGCUAUGAUGGAAUUUACAAGGUAGUCAAAUAUUGGCCUGAAAUCGGAAAGUGCGGCUUCCUGGUCUGGCGUUACCUGCUGAGACGUGAUGAUGUGGAACCUGCACCAUGGACACCUGAGGGACUCGAACGCAGCAAGAAACUCGGACUGAAAGUACAGUACCCUCCUGGUUAUUUGGAGGCGAUGGCCAAUAAGAGCAAGAAGGAACCGACUGUGCGAGGGGGAAGGAGUGGAGCUCCACGUGGUAAGCGACACGGAGGAAGAGGAAGGCCGAGAGCUGGACGGCCGCCAAAGAGGGUAAAGGAAGAAGAGGAGGGGGAGAGAGUGGGUGAGGAACCUACAGAGAACAAGGACGGAGAAACACAAAAGAAUGGAGGAGAGGACUCGCAGAAAGACACAGUGUGUAAGGAGCAGCAGGAGCCCAAAGCAAAGAGGUUAAAGGAAGCUGAGGCAUUUGUGUUAUCAGAGCAGCAGCGUUCACUUAUACAGGAAGAUCAUGUGAACAAGAAAGUGUGGGAUGAGGCUCUGGGCUUCCUCACUGAAGGACCGAACUUCCUGCGUAAGGUCGAGCAGAUCUUCAUGUGCGUGUGCUGCCAGGAGCUUGCUUACCAGCCCGUUACCACACCUUGCCAGCACAAUGUCUGCAAGACCUGCUUACACCGAUCAUUCAGAGCUGAAGUGUUCACCUGCCCAGCAUGUCGCUACGAUUUGGGAAAAGAUUACAUCAUGGUGCUGAAUAAAAACCUGCAGCAGCUCCUGGAUCAGUUUUUUCCUGGAUACAGCAAGGGACGAUGAGAUGUCACCGGAGAUGUGGACAGAAAUAAUCUCCAUCCAGUUCAAUGGCACUUACACACAUACACACCCACCCACACCCACACACACACCCACACACACACACACAAUCAGUGCACUAGCUCCUACACUCAACACAAUAAAAAACACACAAUAUCAGUGCACUAACUCCAACACUCAUAAAUCGCACAUGUACACACACACACACACACACACACACACACCUGCUUCAUGUAGAUGUUUUUUUCAUUAACACCAGCCUGAUACUUGUAUCCCAAGGACACCUAGGUCAUCACCAUGACCACGACCUCUGCUGGUUGUGCGUGGGAUUAUUCCUACAUACACUUCCCUCAACUGAAGGACACACACAAAUUUAUAAAACACACUUUCUACAAAGGAGCAACGGAAAACUAGUAACAACUCUUUCUUUUCAACGGAUCUGUUAAGGAUGGACUAAUGGCUAAUGCUCAUCAAGUGCUAAUUGCUGGUAACAGGGGGGAAAAUGGCUCACAAUUCUCCAUAAAAGUGACAUAAUUUAACCAAACAAUGCUAACCCAGCAUCAAAGAAUCAACUUAAAGGUGGUUAGUAAGAAUAGAAUGUUCAGAUGGAUUUAAUUUACUGUUAAAACUGUCAGUCGUGUAAUUCAGUAUCCUUUUGUUAUCUGUUUAUCGCAGAAAUCUUGAUAGCUACACACCAGAUUACUGAAUUACAAUUAGGUUAAUUGCUUGAUCUGGGAUUGCUUAAUAUUUAGAGCUAGCUGGCUAGCUAAUCCUCAUGCUUCUCAAAUUUAGAUUUUUAUGUUUUACAAUAAAAUUUUAUUAAUAACAACAAAACAAUAGUAAAAACAGAAUAAUGUAUCAAAUUUAACGACAUGAUGGCUGUAUAUGUUGGAAUACAGUAGUCAGUCAUGCACAUCUGAGCUUGUACACUGAGUGUGUUACGAUGCCCUGUGCAGCAUAAGCAAGACUUGCAGCUGGCUUCACCUCUCAGAGGAAGCAUGUGUUUGCCCUUACACUUCCUAAUUGUUAGCUGUCAUGUGACAGGGAAGACCUGGCUAGUGUAUGGAAAAUAGGCAACCUAAAAAUGAGGAUAAAUUCCCCAAGGUCUGAUCUUAAACUUAUGUUGUGUGUUUUUUUUUUCGUUUGUUUGUUUGUUUUUUUGGCUAGAUAGCUAAAAAGAUCUCACUCAUUGGUUUAUGUACAAACAAUUCUGAUGCCUGAAGACAGAAAAGAGACUCACAAAUUACCCCAUUGCUAAUAGCUAAUAUAUUUAGGAUAUGAUAACUGUAAAACACUGUUUCUAAGUUUUUGGCUUACAACAGUAUGGAUAAUAUCCAGCGAUAAUUACUAUAUCACUGUUAACACACAUUUUAGGUAGCUAGUGUUUUGGUAUAGUUAAACAUAUACAGCUAGCUGGCUGGCUAAGGCUGUAAUGAGAUUUUAGUUAUCUUUUACUUAUUUUGUGUUCCACAAUGCUUUUUUUUCUUCAUAUCAUUACACAAACCUGAAUAAGUUCUCACCUAAUUAGUUUUGUAGCUAAUAAAUUCAAGCAUGGAUAACCAUACAAAAUCACUGUUCUUUGUAUAUUAUUGUAUAGGUUGAUGGAUCCCUACAGCAUGGUAGGUAAAGAAUGCUGUAGUGCGAUAUUGGUUUAUUAUAUUGAAAUUUGAGGAUGUACAGUCCAAAAGGUCUUUAUUAUGCUGGCUGUUUUCCGUUCUAGAACAGAUGGACUUGCCAGCAACCCUAGCUGGGCAAUUUUUGGGCUCAUUUUGGCUAGCUAGCAGGUCUUGAGUCCUGAAACUAUGUUAUUGCAGAUAAAUACUUUGCCAGCAUCAGCAAAGGGUGCGAUCAGGUUUCUAGCAUAAUGUGGCAACUCAAAAAUUCAUGUCAUUUUCAUGUGACAUUUGAUUACACUAAUUUAGUUAAGUUUAGCCAGUCAGCAAGCUAAUGCUAGCCUCUUAGCUUAUGGUCAUUGUUGCUGGGAUAAUAAUGUUUGGUUAACUUUAACAUUGCUUCUACCAGGGACUGUUUUUUUUUUUUAAACAGUUUUCAAAACAUAUGGAAAAUACACAAAAUGGUGAGUUUUACCUGAGAGUGGCAGUUAACAGUCUUUCCUUUGGGAUGAAAUAAAUACAAGGAGAAUUUGUCACAGAGGUAAACUCUGGCUCUCUGUCAAUAUUCAAUUCUCAAAUAGGAUUGACCAGCUGGAUUGCAAAUGAAAUAUACAGUUCUUGGAGAAGUGCAGUGACUAAAAGUUAAAUUCAUUCAACAAUAAAAACUGAUUUAAAGGUUUCAAUAGGUUUGGCUGAAAAACAUAGCUCAUACCCCAAACUGGGUCGAAUCAGGGCCCAGGUGUGGUAUAUCUUAGCAUGUCUCAGCUUUUCUUGUUGAUUUUUUUUAUUAAAAUUUAUUCUCAGAGACCUACAGUUUUUAUCUAUUGCAGACCUGCCAACCUUUAUGCAAUUUGCAUAGAAACAACAUAUUCUAAUGUCAGUUUGUUAGUUGUGGUUCAUUUAUUUACCAAUAAAAAUGUCAGAUGGGCUAAUCUGUAUUUGAAUCUGGAAUGACUGACAGGGAUGUUUUGAAAUCUCAGAUAUUGAUUGUUUGCCCCACCCCUUCCACUAUCUCACAUGAGUAAUCUUUUGGUUUGUCUCGGCUCUUUUCCCGCUGGUGCAGCGCUCUCGCUUUCUGUAAUGCUAAAUGGAAAAAUGUUUUGUUUUUAUUAAUGUAAAAUUAACUUUUAUCAGUGUUUGUUCCAUUACUAGCAUUACACAAGUAUAUAAUAAACAUCACCUCACUAUAGUUAGAUAGGGAUGCAACCUAAAGUUUUUCCGACUAUAGAGAAAAAAUAAUUAGUAGGCUCACAAGCAUGUGAGAACUCUAUAACACAGUUGUAAUACAGUUUUAUUUGUAUAGCAAUUUUACCAAUGGGCCUUGUCACAAAGCAACUUUACAGAAAUAUAUUAAUUCUGGAUAUAACUUUUAAAACUUUAUUCCUGACAAACAAGCCUUUGUCAACGGUGCCAAUGGAAAAGAGAUGACAUGAGAGAGCAACCGUGAUAGAAACCAGACUCAAAUUACUCUGACAUAUUAAUGGUAUUAAAAAUUUACAAGUGAUUAUAAACCAGAUUGCACAUAUAUACAGGGUUUUACAGUAACUACUAGGCAUUUAGGGGAGAAACAGCAUCUCUACUUCUGGCUCAUCAAUUAUAAUGGCAAUGUUUCUGUUUUAUGAGAAAUUAUCAUAUGUGUAAGAACUAUAAGAAUAAUUCUAAGAAUUAUAAGAUUUUAAAAAAAUGCUGUUUUGCUGUUCUGCCAAAUGUAAAUAAUCCUACUGGAGACAUGAGACUCACACUCAAAAUGGAAAUAGACCAUAACCAUAGAUCAUAGAGUGAUAGCAGCCUGUUGCGGUUUGGAACCUGUUACUUUUCCUGUAAUCAGAAGUUUUUUGUCUACAUCUUAACUAAAACAGACAGAAGCUCCACCAGUGCCUAGUGUUUACCCCAAAAACUCUGUAUGUGCUCACACUCCAGCUUCUACCUUUGACAAGUGAUUUAUAAAAAGAUCAUAUUAAAAAUGUUUCGAUUUUUAAGUAUGAAUAAUGCAUCACUACGUAUUAUUCCUCUUCAGGGUUGGCAGAUCUGUGAAUAGUUAUUGAGAAUAAGCUACAUUCAGUUCAGGAGUCUAAUUAUAGUGUUAGAAUCAUUCUGAGGCUUGAAGACAAACUGAAUUAAAGGCAUAACUUUUGGAUUAUGAGCCAUUCAAAAUCUGAUCUAGAUCAGAUUUUUUUGCCCUGUUUCUGUCAACGUCAAAAAACCACUUGCUGUUUUUAUUCACACAAGUCCAGAGAGGUUAUGCAGUAUAUUUUCUUAUCUGUCCAGAUCAUCUCAACUUAAUAAAUGUUCAUGUUUGUUUUUAACAGGUAGUUAGUUACAUUAUCAGUCACAUUUGAUCUUAAGUUUUGUUGUUUUCAAUCAUUCGUUAUUGCUAUAAUAUUGAAAUAUGAACAUUUGUAUGGAGUUUUUUUUAUUACUUAUGAAAUGUACUGUAUUUAAUGAAUUCAUUUCAAUUUAAUGAAUUGAAAAUUAUUCAUUAUAAUUCAUUAUCAUUAUUACUCUGUAAUUGCAAUUUCACCAUUACAUGUCUUUAUUUACAGCAUUUUAUACUUUUACAUUCAGAUUACAAUUAAGAGUCACAACGUAUCCAUUUACAAAAUACAUAGAGCUCUGAGAAAGUGAGCCAAUGGGACAGCGCCAGGGAGCUAAAGGGGUGGAGCUAGGCUAAUUGGGGGUGGAGCUUGCUUAUAGCCAAACUAUAAGCAAAUUAUAAACAAAAUCAUGCACAAAAAGUACAGAUUUAUGUAGUAAUGGCCUACAGAGUUAUAAUUCAUAAAAUAACCUUAUUACUUUCAACAAAAAGAAAUGCGAUGUUUUGUUUUGACUGUUGUUAAUGUAAGCAUUAUCAAUGCAUAGCCUCCCUGGACUUUAGUAAUUCUUUCAGUAUUUUGUUUUCCAGCAAAAAAGUCCUUAUUUUUGCAAACAAUGGAAAAGUCAAAAUUUUGGUGAAUAGUGUUUAACCUGUAGUCACACAGCCAGCAUUAUGUUGGCAUCAUGAUCCUAAUGAGUGACAAGCAUCACUGGGUCAUCAGGGGUGGGGCUUAAGUUAACGUUUGUUCAGCCAAUUGCAGAUUCAAAUUUAUCACCACCUUUUUUUUUCGGUGAGGUGUUUAACAUAAAUUACUGGUUUGAGUAAUACAAUAUAAUAGUAUAGCAGUGUAAUAGCCUAGUAUUAGCUAUGAAACAGCGGCAAGUAUUUUGCGAGCAUCAGCACAGUUAUGCAUUUAUGUUAAUUUUUUUUAUGUUUAAAAAGGAAAAUGUUUACAACUGGCUGAUCAAAUGUUACUUAUGCUAAUCCCCUGCUGUCAUGAAGAUACAUGACACUGUAAAACCAGGAUUUGAACCCAUAUCUCUUGAACCCAUUCUCACUUGUGUGUUUGCUCCUAAAUUGUCUGUCCUGUUUGUGGAGGGAGAGAGCAUGUGAUCUUUUCAGUUUUUUCUUUUCUUUUUAUUUGAACGAGUUAACUGAUAAAACUGCUUCAUGAACUGCUAUACUGUAUCUGCGGCUAAAUGUGAUUUGCAGUCUGAUUUUCCUUUAUUUCCCCUUGUAUUCUUUUUAUUUACCCCUGCAAUAGUUGGUGAUGCUAGUAAACCCCAUUCUUGUGAGUUUCACUCUCACUCUCUCUCGUUGGUUCUCUCUUGCUCUAGUCCUAGUUCCUGUUCUGCUGCUUUCUGCCUUCAUGUCUGUUCUGUUUUGCAGCACGUACUGAAGAAGGAGAAGACUUUUAAACAAUGUAAAAACAGUUGAUGUGUUAUUAUCAUGAGCGCUGAUCAUGACGUUGUUUUUCUAGUGUUUAAUCCCUCUUUUAUGUUCAUCAUCAGUUCUGUUGAUGUGGCAAACACUUACCUAAUGACGCACAACCUGCCUCAGCAGCAACAUGGCUUCCUAUUGUGAUCCCAAAAUUUUAUACAUGGUAUUAUACUUGAUAUGUACCUAUUAAAUAUUUUGAUUUCAGAAAUAA